AUGGGAACCCAUCACCUUUUCCGAAGAAGAAGAGAAGGGGCAUCAUCUUCCCCCCAUUCCGAUCCCAUGAUCAUUCGAGCAGGCAUUGCCGAUUUCGACGUAGGCCGAAUCCUCAUCGACACCGGAAGCUCGGUCAACGUACUCUUUGCCGAUGCUUUCAACAGCCUCGGAAUCGACCAUCAAAGCCUCAACAAGGAGAUCACUCCUCCUCUUCUAAGCUUCUCGGGCAAUGUGGUCGAGCCAAUUGGGAGCAUCCAGUUUCCCCUUGCCGUCAGCUCCGGCUCCAGAAGGGCUUUCAUCUACACUCACUUUCUGGUAGUCAACUGUCCGACCGCAUACAACGCCAUCAUCGGCAGGCCCGCCCUCACUCGAAUGAAAGCCAUUUUGUCACCACAUAUGCUGCUGCUUAAAUUCCCAACACACUCAAGAGUCGGUCAGGUUUGGGGGGACUAA